AUUUAUCUACACGUUUAUUGCUUCGCGGUAAUAAUCGUAAUUUUUUUUCUGUUCGUUUAAGAUACCAAAAUGGACGCCGAGGCAGCGUUGCUGGAAAACUCGCCGACUUUGUCGACGAUCUCGUCAGAUUCUACAGAUGCGACGUACUCGCCCGGACCCGGCUCGCCCUAUUCCCCGGAAUCACCGAUCAUCGUCACGUCCUCCUAUAAAAAAAAACGUGACGAUGAAGUCACGCCCAGACCAACGCCCAGAUAUUCACUGCCAUCCAGGAAGCCGAACUUCCGGAUACGACCGCCCUACCUCAUGAUCUGCAUCAGUAUCAUUGAGAUAACCGUCCACUGCCUGGGAGACGAGGCGACGUUACGGAGAUGGCUGGUCUACGAUCCCCGUCAGAGGGUGCAAGGCUGGAGGUUCGCCUCCUACAUGCUGCUGCACUCGAACGCACUUCACCUCGCACUCAACGUGGUCAUUCAGCUGGUCCUGGCUACUCCACUCGAGGUGGAGCAAGGGCGAAUAGGGGUGGCGACGAUCUAUCUGGGCGGCGGGGUCUGCGGCGCUCUGGGAGCGUCGCUUCUGCAACCUAGUCUUUAUCUGGUCGGCGCUUCGGCAGGUGUUUACGCGCUGCUUACGAGUCAUCUUGCUCAUCUCUACCUGUGCCACGGCGAGCUGCGCUACGCCGGCUGGCGUCUGGGGGCCGUGCUGCUGCUGGCCGGUGCGGACGUCGCGUCGCUGCCCAUCCCGGCGUUGCUGGGAUGCGGCCGGGUCGGCUGGGCGGCGCACGUCGCGGGCGCGCUGGCGGGCCCGCUUCUGGGACUGGCCGUGUUCCCGAAGCAGAGCAAGAAGGACGCCCGGGGCCGUAGGUUCGUGCGGUACGUGCGGCUGCUGUCGGCCGUGAGCGUGAUGCUGCUGAUCGUCGGCGCCAUCCUCGGCAACGUCUACCUGAUCGCCCUACCGCAGCUCAGGAAGCCAUCCUGACAGAGGAUUGAGAUGCUCGUCAAGCUCUGCAGGCGGUCCUUCCUGAUCGUGAAGAUCCGGGAGGCCGCCGAGAGCGUGUUCGAGUAGGCCCGUGCGAACCCGCGGGACCCGAGCGAUUCCAGUUCGCGCAACUGCCGGUGGGACCUUUGCACCCUCGCCUCUCAGAUCUCACGCGAAUCCCGUGCGAUACGAUCUCGUCGUCCAUUAGACACGAAGGGAAUCACGCUGGAACGACGCGCGAUCGUGACCUUAGGUAGCCCCUGUGAAAAUGUUCGCGUUUCACCCCGGGGGGAUGGCGGAUCGUGCGAUCGGUACACCGAGACGCUUGUGAGGGAACCCGAGCGAGCAUCGCGCCGACCCAUCGGAGUGGCUCGGUAGGAGGAGAUACCAAAGAUCGACGGCUCGUCGAACUUGUUCGUGCUACGCGCUGCCAUUAGAAUUUCUAGGAUCUCGAGGACCCGCUAGACGAAACACGCGGUAGAAUCGUGCAAGCACUCGAGGGUGAGACUCUGUUGCGCCUGAUACUUUGAUAAAUUUGAUAUUAGUGAACGCCGUGACUUUUUCUACGGAGGUGAGACCUUUCAAACUGCCGACUACCACCCUGCCGAUAGAAUCGAGCUGUACAUGUAACGUUUAAUAAUACAAUUCGCAAUGGUUCCUCGUCGUACCGAUCUCGGCGAUCAAGACGAGUUGCGAAGGUGUGCAAUGUGUGUAUAAUAAAGGUAAGAAAACAUUUCUCCCGUGACAGUGUACGAGGCUGAGGUGACGUACAUUGACGGGGCACGUAAGUCUUGUCCAGCAGUGGCGAGCGAUUAUCGUAGAGCGUGAAAAGUAAUUUAUUAAAAUGAAACACUUAGGGAAGAUAUUGUUAUGGCUCGCGUGGACGAGAACCGCGCGAUUGCGAGCACGUUGACGCGAGGGCAUCGCAAAACGUUGAGGACGCAAUGGAACGAGACCUUAAAUUCUUUCAAUUACUCGCAUUAACAGUUUAGCGUGUACGAGAUGUGUAAGAAGAUGUAUAAAAUAAAUCGAUCGUAUUACUAACGUAAACGUGUUAUGAUAUAACGAAGAUUUUAAUAAUGGCAAGAUAAAUGUAUCGAUCGUUAAUAAAGCAGAGUUUAAUAAUGUGCGACUGAUCUCGAGCUGCGAAACUAUAAAUUCUCCGUACAAACUAAUUCGGUGUUGUAGAAAUAACAUCCCGAUCCCGAAAUCUUUUGACCUUAUCACGUAGAGCGAGAAGGUGACGGAGCCCGAACUGAAUUCCUCCACGUUAAGUCAGAGUCCUGCCAUGUUUUCCAAUGAGUGUGUAAGAGAGGAGAUCUUUUAUAGCGUAAUCAUAGCGCAGAGAUAAUCGCGUUUCUAUUUACGAAGCUGUAAGACCUGCGAAAUAUUUAUAGCGUAGCGUAGCGUCUUUACUCGCGAUGUGCAGUAUUUGUUAAGGGAGUUCGUGUACGUACAUCAAUUUUCGACCGUGUUGUUUCUCUCCGCUUCAAUUUAUCAUAGCUAACGAUCGACGCGACGCAUCGAACGGUAACAUAAAUUAUCGCUAUUACAGCUUGAAUUGACAGCUCGGUUAAACUUAUGCUCGCCAGAAUUUUCUGAUAAAUAAUUAGACGACGACGGUGAGAAGCUCGGAGUAACGAUCGUGGCCCGCUUCGCGAAAUUGCGGUCUGAGGCCCGGUCUCACCAAACGUUUCGCUUAACUUUAAUCUUAGUUUAAUUCAUGCUUAUCUCUUUCUAAAGUAACAGUUGGAAAGGGACAAAGAACGAAUUAAGCCUAAGCCUAAGGUUAAGCAACGUUGGAACCGGGUCUGACCGAUUUAAUCGAUAGCUUCUAUACUUAAUUUGGGUAUAUCUCUGGUUGCUUCGAAGGUGUUUGUUAAUAUCUAAGAAAACCGUUGAGAGAAUUCCGUCGCGGUGGCACGCGGUCAGAGGAAUAUUAGUGCCGAGAUAAAUUAAUAAUCGCGCGAGCAUGUAAAGAUACAGAGCACAGCGCCAUAUGCGAGAAAAAGUAAUGUGUUCUCCCGGACAGUUAAUCGUAUACUCGUACCUACUUGUUUAUCAAUGUUACAUGAGACGAACUGGCUGUGAUUAUGUUAGUGUUAUCGUCGACAUGAUUACACAUUACUAAAUCUUGUAAAUACAAAUGAUUAAAUAUAAAUAUAUGAUUACACACACAUGCACGCGUGCUGUGAUUUCGCCGCGUGUCUGCGAGACCCCCCCGUUAUCUUCAUUGCAUAUCGAAACAAUCGAUUGCCAGCAAUAAAAUUCGCGCGAGUCGUAUGACGUUUUACAAACCGGCGCGAGCCGCAAUCUCGAAUUCCCCAUCGAACUGUCCUCCUCUCUGUAUUUGAAUUAUUAACUGUUCCCAUUCAAUAUCCGUCAUUAUUAUUCUGUAGAAUAUCGAGGACAUGAUAUUUUGAAGAUUAGAGUUAAUUAGGUUUGCAAUUAACUCCUCGCAUUAAUUUCGAUUGAAUGGGCCACCUCUUUUAUCGGAGAUUCAUUUUCCCAAACAAUUCCCGCGAUGUAAUUACAUUAUUUUAAUAACAUGAUCGUCGCCUAUAUUUUGCAUUUUAUGUAUUAAAAUAAUUUCCAUGGAAUUUUUUUCGAUAUUAUUACAGACAAUGUUUUUGUCAGAAAAACUGGAAAAAAAGUUUUAUUUCACUGGCUGCGUUUGAUUAAAAAGGAAUAAUUGGGCAGCUUUGUAAAAAUUAAUUUUAUCGGAAUAUAUAGAUGCAUUAUAUUCUGCUAUUUACAGUAGAACAUUUUUAGCGAAAGAAGGAGUGAUAAAAAGGAAAGAAGCACAAGAAAAUAAAGGUAAGAUAAUAUUAUAUAAGAGUUUAUUACAACGAGUAUAACAUAUAUGAUACAAGCCUCUGUAUGCGGCAUUUAAAGCGAAGCCUGUCAAUUUUUAGACAAAUUUAAAUUACAUAUUAUCGAGGAACAUAACCGUAAUCGUCU